AGCUCCUCUCUGUAUAAGAAGUGUUGAACGUUCAACAAGGGAUUUUACACAGCUACUCAGGAGAAACGAAAUGAUCUGCCCUGGAGCCGCAGCAAAAUGCUGGAUGGACACCUACUCCUGGGAUGGUUAUCGUUCACAGUUAUAGUCUAUCUUCUCAACUUGCCUGGACCGACCGCGGCGUAUUUCGGGUUGACAGGUAAUGAACCCUUGUCUAUCCUGCCACUGAACUCUCUACCAGAGGAGAACGUGGGCAGGGCCCACUACAAGCUGUGCGACCGGCUCAAACUGGAAAAGAAGCAGCGCAGGAUGUGCAGACGAGACCCGGGCGUGGCGGAGACCCUGAGAGAGGCCAUCACCAUGAGCGCCCUAGAAUGCCAGUAUCAAUUCCGCUUUGAGAGAUGGAACUGCACCUUAGAGGGGCGCCACAGAGCCAACAUACUAAAGAGAGGAUUUAAAGAGACAGCCUUCUUGUAUGCCAUCUCCUCGGCGGGCCUGACCCACGCGAUGGCCAAAGCGUGCAGCGCAGGACGCAUGGAGCGCUGCACGUGCGACGAGGCCCCCGACCUGGAGAACCGCAAAGCGUGGCAGUGGGGCGGCUGCGGAGACAACCUCAAAUACGCCAACAAGUUUGUCAAGGACUUCCUGGGCAAACGUUCCAACAAGGACCUGCGCGCACGCGUGGACAUGCACAACACAAAUGUGGGCAUGAAGGUGAUCAAGGCUGGAGUGGAGACCACUUGCAAAUGCCACGGAGUCUCGGGCUCCUGCACUGUCCAGACCUGCUGGAGGCAGCUUCAGCCCUUCCACGAGAUAGGCAAGCAGCUGAAGCAGCGCUACGAGACCUCCGUCAAGGUGGGGAGCUCCACCAACGAGGCCACGGGGGAGGCAGAGAUCUCCACAGGCCGGAGCCAGCCACAGCAGCAGCCCCUGCCUGGCCUGAACGAUCAGAUCCCUCGCACUAUGGACCUGCUCCACAUCGAGGACUCACCCAGUUUUUGCAGACCCAGCAAGUACUCGUCGGGCACGGCAGCCCGCAAGUGCUACAAGGACAAGAACUGUGACGCUAUCUGCUGUGGGCGAGGCCAUAACACUCAAAGUAGGGAGGUGACCCGGCCCUGCCAGUGCCAGGUGCGCUGGUGCUGCUACGUCGAAUGCAAGCAGUGCACGCAGAGAGAAGAGGUCUAUACCUGCAAAGGGUAAAAUCAGUCACCUGUCAGCCCCUACGAUCAGUGGAGCAAGUGAAAGAUAGUUGUGUUGAAGAGGAGUGGUUGUUUUGUUCUCAAACAAGGUUUUCCUCCGCUGUCGGAACAGUGUUCUGCAAACAAAAGAGGAGCGAGCCAAUGGAGAAGCAAUAAGCACUUUGAGGGAUUUCUGUGGGUUGGGUUUCAGAGCUCCUGUGGCCCCCGUGUCUGGGGCAUGCAGAUGAAAAAAAAAAAAAAAAAACCUUCUCAGACAACUGGGUCAACAUCUCAAGCUUUUUUUUUUUUUUUAUCACAACUUUGCCUUGAAGAGAGAAGCUUUUAUUUUCCUAUUAAAACCAAUCCACAAGAAAACAGAGAUUAGGGUCCAGAUCCAACACGAGGACAACACCAACAGACUGGUUUCUGGGGCCUUGCCCAAAGAAGAAUGGUGUGUGUGUGUGUGUGUGUGUGUGUGUGUGUGUUUGUCAAUCUUUUUAAAUGUGUGUGCUUGUUUGUGAGUGUGUAAUGAGGGCAUAAUGAGGGGGUAGGGGUUUCGAAUGACGACUUUUUAUGGCAAUGAAAUCCAUAUUCAGAGACUGCUAAAAAGAAAAAAAAGACAGGGUGUAUGAUUUACUCUACACGCACAUAUUUACACUCACACACAUUGUGUGUUUGCAUAUGUAUGUACAUAAAUUCAGUUAUAUUGUAAUGAUAUUAUACAAGCCACUUAUCUAACUAUGUUAAAACAAACCACUAACCACACAAAUGUUUUGUUGUUUGUGUGCUCUCGUUUUUCUUGUUUUUCUUCUUGAUUCAUGUCGACAAGGCCCUUUGGAAAGCAGCACACUUGCGUCCGUCGUCUUGCUGUGGAUAAUUUAUAGAUCCUUUGGGACUUCUCCUUCACAGGGAGAAAAAAAAGAUCACAUUUUUUCUCUUUUUUUUUGUAAUAAUAUAAUAUGAAGCUGUUACUAAAUGCAUUAACAGGAAAUAAGUAAACCAGUCAGUUUAGGCUAUUCUCAGCCUUGAGCGAACCAGUGUUCAGGGAAUAACUUAAACCACUAUGACCAUUUGGACAAAAUAGGAAAGACGUUGUGCAAAUACAAAUAAUAUCAAAGUUGGAGAUGACAGUGGCCUUGUUAUUACAGCCGACAUCAGUGCAACAGGUGAUCACUUGACCAGCAAAAAGGUCCACGUGUGACUCAGAUCAGAAAAUUGUUGAGCUCUGUAGAGCUUAAAUCUACUUACUAUUUUUUUUUUCUUCUCUUUUUGUUUAACUUUUAAUACUUUGAAGUUGUAAAGAAAACUGUGGAGAACUGGAGGAAUGUAGCCCCCUACCAUUUCACAUCCUUCUUUCCUCUUCAGCUUCCACGAUUUUGAUUGAGCCAUAUUCAACACAUGUAGACAUGCAGCAUGUGCAGAGGGAGCUGCGUCAGUCGGUCCAAACAGUAUGGGGCAACGGAAGUGGUAAUCUAACCUGACGUGUCUGCAGAGUUGCUCAAGUGAAGAUGAAUGCGCAAGUCUCGUAGCUAAUAUAAAUGUAUUUUAUAAGACUAAUAUUUGUGUAGUGUUCAGCAAAUCUGCUGUCUUCAUUCAGGAGUCAGUGAGGUUUGUUAUUAUACAUGAUUUAAUUUGCUUCUUUUUAUAUUGUUGCUUGGCACAAAGUGACACAGUUAACAUGAUGCCGCAUACUGAACCCUGCCAUGCAACUAUAGUGACAGUUUAAAGGAGUAGUCUGACAUGUUGGGGGAAUACCAUUGUUCACUUUCCAGCCCAGAGUUAGAUGAUUGAUACUACUCUCAUGUUUGUCUGGUAAUCAUAUACUUAGUUUAGCAUAAAGAUGGGAAACAGGGGAAACAGCUAGCCUAGCUCUGUCUCAGGGCAACAACAUCAGGCUAUUAGCACUUCUAAAGCUAAUUAAUUCCAAUGUUAUAUCCAUGUUGUCCAAUAAAUAAACUACAACACCACAGUCGACAGCCAGUUAGCUUAGCCUAUUUACUAAUUAUUAGAAUUGUGCAUAUCAUGUUUUCCAGGAGAAUUCUAGGCCACAGCUAGCAGCCUGUUAAGCUCAGAUUUAGCGUAAAGCCUGGAAAUGCUCAAAUAGUGGCAUGAUAUAUCUUGUUUAGUAUGGUAAACAUAAUGUCACAGCCAGCAGACAGUUAACUUACUAUAGCCUCAGCAUAUCAGCAUAUCUAAAGCUAGCUGAUUAGGCUGUUAUAGGUCGUGUUGUCUGGUUAAUAUAAGGCCACAGCCAGCAGCCAGUUAGCUUACUUUAGCUUAAAGACAGGCAACAAGCAAACAGCUUUGGGCUCUGCCCAAAGUCAAUAAAAUCAGCUUUUCAGCAUGUAUAAAGCUUACUGAUUAUGCUAUAUCUAUGCUAUAUCUCACGUUGUCUUGCUUCUUUUUGCACAUCAGUUUUUGAGUGGAUUAAACGUGUUUGAUACAUAGUUUAGCAUUAAGUCUGGAAAAAGCACAAAACAGCUAGCCUGGCAUUGCCCACCGCUAAAGCUCACUCAUUAGCAUGUUAUGUCUUGUUUAAUAGAUCCAAACCCAGGUGUAAGAAAACGCAAGGAGCAUAGCGACAUGAGAUACAACAUAGGUAUUACUGAGCUUCAAAGGUGCUAGUUGGUGGAAUUUUGCUACAUUUAGCCAGUGUUUUUUCUGCUGUUUUCAACCUUUUUGCUAAGCUAAGCUGAUGGCUCCAUAUUUACCGGCCAGGUAUGACAGUGGUAUCAGUGUCCUCAUCUAACACUUGGAAAGAAAGCAAAUUUAUUCCCAAAAAUGUUGGACUAUGGCUUUAAAACAUAACCUUGGAGUCAAAGAUUUAAUUUUAUGAGAAAUGCCUCUGUACACACAAACAAUGCAGACAAUAAUAUUUAAUAAUUGUAUUCUCAGCACUCUUAGACCAUUAUGUUAUAUACUAGAAGAUAUGCCUUGUUUUAGAUGGGUGUGAAUUAACUACUGAGUGAGGGACCCAGCUUUGUAUUAUAGCGCCAUUCACGCACUGAAGCCCAAAAACCCUUUAAAGUAUUUUAAAAAUCUGUAUUUAUGGAUACAGUGCAGUGCAGAAUCUUUUUUUUUUUUUUUUUUUUUUUAAAUAAAUUGUAAAUAGCAAAGGUUUCUUCUCCUGUGGUAUAGAGACAAAAAAGUGAGGCACAUGUUCAACUCUCACAAGCACCUGAAACAGAAAUUGAUGGCAAUAAGAAACUUGAGGAAACAGCUGCUGUAACAAUACCGUUACAGAUUGUAAUCAGUUGAUACAGCACCAUGCCAAACAUCCUUAAAAAAACUAGCUUCUACAUUUAACGGAUGGUUUAGUUUUUAAAGUUGAUUAUCACAAUGUAUUAGAUACUUAACCACCAUCCUUGACAGCAAUAUCAUGCUUUAGGAAGCGAGCUUUGCACGGGUUAUUUGUCCCGAGGAGAUGAAUUCCAAGCAUUUUGAUAUGAGAAGGCAUGCCAAAUAAAGACUGGUCAAAACAUAUACAUAGAACUUUGCACGCUACAUGGAAACCAUAAUAGCUAUGCUGAGACUCAAAGCAUAAAUGCCUGCUUCCCACAGCUUUCGGCGUGUGUGUGUGUUCUCCACACACACAGACACACACACACACACACACACCUCGGCCCCAAACACACUGAGGUUCUCGACUAUUGAUUCAAAACAGGCAUGACAGGAAUACCAAAUGCACACCGAGUGCAUUUUUUUGUUUGUUUAUAGAUUGUACAUAGGCCUAAAAAUGUCUCCCUGAGAAAGAGGAGCAUGAUGCAGCAGCCAGUCGUUUUUUAAUUUUUGUUUUUUUUUUAUGUCAAAGCCGUCCAUAUUCUCAAAAUCCAAAAAAACUCUGCACUGUUUAGUUGUCAGUGGAUCAUGUACAAAAUUCUGUUUUGUAGAAAAAAAUAAAAGAUAAAUUAUUUUUAAAUAUAUUAUGAGCAUGUGUUUAGUGUAAAUAACGUCAAAGUCUAAAUUGAUUUUAUAUCCUGUAUUUUUUACUCUGUUAUUUUUUUUUCUUUUGGGUGUUUUUUUUGUUCCUUCUUUUGGGGUGGAGGCUUCGAGAAGCAGUGUAUACUUUAAAACAUAUUUCAUUUCAUAUCUCAUCGUUUGCUGUUAUCUAAGCACUAACAAAUCCUAACAAAUUUAGAAUCAACUCACCUUUAGCUGUCUUUUAUUCAUGCGCACGAUCAUGAUCACAUCUUUGAGAGUAUUCAAACCAAAUCACACUCAUCACCAUUAUUGUUUUUAUAGGAUUUGAUCUGUUUAUAUAAUCGACUUUUGUGAAAAGACUUUGUAAUGUUGGUUAUCACCAUAUCGACGCGGUAUAAACUCCCGAUUGCAUCAGUUUGGACUAAUUCAUUCAUUUGGAUCACUUUACAUGGACAUGUACUUUUUGUUAGGAUUUGUGCUGUGCUUGUAAAGCAAAGAUAAAACACACCAGCCGUGUAUUGCCCUUUGUGAUGAUACUACACCAACAGAGCUUUGUCCAUGUUCACUUAUUCAUGUCUUAUGGGAACCCUAAAUUAUUUUCCUCUACCUCAUGUGUAUAGCUUGUAGGUAUAAACAGAUCACAAAUGACUGGUAAGAAUGUAUUUAAGUUAUUUAACAUCUUUGUAUAACAAAGGCGAAAAAAAUCUGAAAUAAUAAAUGAAUUUUUAAAUUA